AUGGUAUCAAUGCAGUCACAGAAAGGAACAACAACUGGAGAAGAUUUAUUGGAGGCAGUAAAUAAUUGUCUUUUGAAAUUAGGAGUAGAAUGGAACAAACUGGUAAAUGUGACCACCGAUGGAGGGCCAAAUAUGACAGGUAAAAAUGUUGGAUUGCUAAAAAGAAUUCAAGAUCAAGUCAGAGAAACAAAUGCAGAACAAAAUAUUGUCUUUUUGCACUGCAUUAUUCAUCAAGAAGUCCUUUGUAAGAGUGUUUUAAAUUUAAGCCAUGUCGUUGACACAGUUGUGAAAGUGGUUAAUUACAUUCGAGCAAGAGGAUUAAAUCACAGGCAGUUUAUAACCCUGCUUGAAGACUUGGAAUCUGAUCAUACGGAUGUUCUGUAUCACACAAAUGUGAGGUGGCUUAGUUUGGGAAAAAUCCUGAAAAGAGUUUGGGAAUUGAAAGAAGAGAUUGGCUUAUUUUUGGACAUGAAACAGAAUGCUAUAGAUUUCCCACAGUUGAAUGAUGAGAAAUGGCUCUCUGAUUUUGCAUUUGCUGUUGAUAUCAUGGGUCAUAUGAAUGACCUGAAUUCAAAGCUACAAGGGAAGGGGGCUUUUGCACAUGAUUUGUACAGCAGUGUCAAAGCUUUCAUGAAGAAAUUACUUCUUUUGUCUCGUCAGAUUACGAACAAACAAUUUGCUCACUUUGCAACCUUACAACAGAUUGAAGUUUGUGAUCAAAAUGUACAGAAGUACUCAUUGCAGCUACUUGACUUGCAUGCCGAAUUUUCACGCAGAUUCCAUGAUUUCAAAUUAAUUGAAAAUGACCUGUUUUUGGUGUCUUCUCCCUUCUCAUUUGACGUUGACAAAGCCCCAGUUGACCUACAACUCGAGCUUAUUGACAUGCAAUGUGAUCCUUUGCUUUCUGAGCAGAUGAAAACAGUGACUCUUCCCAAAUUCUAUGCCUCUCUUAAUGACUGUGCAUUUCCAAAACUAAAGGCUCAUGCUCAAAGAAUGCUUGUGCUGUUUGGAUCUACAUACAUAUGUGAGCAGACAUUUUCGAUAAUGAAGCUGAAUAAAUCAAAACUUAGAUCUGCAAUGACUGAUGAUCACCUUGAACAAGUACUUUUCAUUGCAACAACGGAGGCAACACCUGACUUCAAUGGUCUGGUCAGCAAUCAUCAGCGCUGUCAUUCGUCCCACUGA